CCUGCCCCGCCCCUUCCCGGGCGCCCCAGGUGGCUCGGGGCGGGGAGGAGCCGCACCCGCCGCGUCCCUCCCUGCGCGGCCACACCAAGGCCGGCCCGCCGCGAGCGCGCUCUGCGCUAGGACUGGGAUCAGAGCCGGGAGCCGGGCUGGCGCGCGGAGGCCCGGCGAGCGCCGCGGCGCAGGUGUCAGCCAAUCAUUGCCAAGAACACGUCUGAAGAGACUGAUCCCAGCUAUUUCAAAGGGCUAUCUUUUGUGCAAGAUAUGCCACACUGCUGCCUGCCUUUGGCAACCCUCCUGGACUAGGCUGCUUUUGUUAAUCACAUGGAUGUUGUGUCCUUGGGUGAGAGUAGGAGGAAGUGAAAAAGGAGGAGAAGAAAAAUUUAAGAAGGGUAUAUGAGUGUUGGACUUCCCCACACCUGGGGUCAGAAUGCUGCUCCUCUGCCAUGCCCUCACUGUAGCUGUGGUCCAGACCUUUAUCUUCUCCGAAAACCGGGUGUUUGCCAAGAACAUCAACUUCUAUAACGUGCGGCCUCCUCUUGAUCCUACACCAUUUCCAAACAGCUUCAAGUGUUUUACCUGUGAAAAUGCAGGGGAUAAUUAUAACUGCAAUCGAUGGGCAGAAGAUAAAUGGUGCCCGCAAAAUACACAGUACUGUUUAACAGUACAUCACUUUACCAGUCAUGGAAGAAGUACAUCCAUCACCAAAAAGUGUGCCUCCAGAAGUGAAUGUCAUUUUGUUGGCUGCCACCACAGCCGAGAUUCUGAACACACGGAGUGUAGGUCUUGCUGUGAGGGGAUGAUCUGCAAUGUUGAGCUACCCACUAACCACACGAAUGCGGUCUUCGCUGUGAUGCAUGCUCAGAGGACGUCUGGCAGCGGUGCCCCUGCGCUCUACCUACCGGUGCUGGCCUGGGCCUUCGUGCUGCCGUUGAUAUAAGGCCACCUUCCCAGGAGAGGCAGAGACCAGUCCUCUGAACACAAGCUAACCACUGUAAAAUGGCGAACUUGGAAGACGAAUUUCUUCAAGAUUGAAGGAUGCUCCUUGGACCUCACAGCAGAAGCCAGUUGUUUGCUUAGCUCAGAUGCUCCUGCAGGAGGCCAUAAGGAAGGGGACUUGGCAGGGACUGAGUGGUUAUGUAGCUGUUAGGUUUCUUGAUCAAAAGGGCUGCAUUUUGUCUCUUCUGCAAGGAGGGUCCUGCCGGCAUCUACCACAGGCAGGCUCAGUAGCCUGUGUUGUCCCCGCCAGACCAGACCUUUAGGGGAAAGGACUCCUUGACCUGAUUGACUCCUUCAGGGGCUGCUGGAACAGACCCUUCUCGAUUCUGUGAUUGGCUCAGAGUAUUUCUGUGAAAUCUAAUCCUUCCCCGAAGAGAAAGCAGUUUCCCCACUGACGGUGUAGUAACGAGAAAGCCCACUAUAGGAAGAAAACUUCCUGUUGAACUAAUAUGAAACCUAUUUGCUAAUUGUGGGGGGAAAUAAAGCUUUUAAAUUAUAAGUGUAGAAUGCAUGCUUAUCUGUUUCUUGGCUGACGUGGAGACCUCAGAUGAAACAUAUUAAGGAGUGUCAUAAAGGAGGCCAAUUGAAGUUGAUCGUGCACCACAGGUGCUAUAUUCUGGCUUAAAGUAUACAAGUCUAUGCCAAGGUGACUUAAUUUUUUCUUUUGAGGAAAGAACCCUUCUAAGGAUGCCAAAUGCAAAAUUAGUGAACUGAGAAGGUAAGGAAACCUCCCUGAGCAAGGAGGAUGAUACCUUAUCACGUGAUAGAUCCUCAGAAGUAGCAGUUUAGGGACUUUCUUGGUGGUCCAGUGGUCAAGACUCUGGGCUCCACUGCAGGGGGCAUGGGUUCCACCUCUGGUUAGGGGACUAAAAUCCUACAUGCUGAGCAGCAUGGCUAAAAAUUAGAAAAAAACAACUUAAAGACAGAGAAACUGGUGACAGUGUCCCUCUCCCAGUCAACCUGUCUCAAUGGGAGGGCCAUCAAGAGAAACUUUCUAAAUCCAUGCUAAAAUGUCUGGUCCCUUUGUCUUCUCUUUCAUUCUUAUAAUACAGUCCUAGACUUUCAAAGAGCAACUUCUGUUUCUAGAAUCCUAAUUUCUCGCCUUUACACUUUGGAGUGACCUUUAAACACUCUGCCUUUAUAUGUAUAGUGAGAAGUUAGUGGAGUGUUUGUUGUUUUGUUUUUCAGUAGAACAUCUACCAUUAGAAUGCUGAGUGCUCCAUAGAAUCCUAAUGAUGGCGUCUUUGCCACACUGGCUCAUCCACGAUGGGGGUUGGCCAUGGAUCAAAUACAUCCCGCCACUCUUAGUCUGCCCAACUGUUCUAACAAAUAUUCUGUUGCCCACAAAUAUUCUGUUGCCCUGGUGUCUUCAACUCAAACCUGUAAUCCUCACAGUUCUGGAGGCUGGGAGAUCAAGAUCAAGGUGCCAGCAGACCUACUGUCUAGUGAGAACCCUCUUCCAGAUUUGCAGACUGGUCUUUUCAUAUAUGCUCAGGGCAAAGGGCGAAGAGUGAGCAUAAGGAUACUAAUCACAUUUAUGAGGACUCCACCUGGAUGACCUAGCAUCCCCCAGAGGCCCUACACCCAAAUACCAUCACAUUGGGGCUUUAGGCUUCAACAUGUGAAUUUGGGCUUCUCUGAUGGCUCAGACAGUAAAGAAUCUGCCUGCAAUGCAGGAGACCUGGCUUCA